CUCGUCGAGCAGGUCACGCGCUCCCGACCACACAAGAAGCUACUGAGGAAAUGGCCGUGCGCUUUCUGUCCGUAACGAGAAGAUAUCCCAUCGAUUUGUGCAGGUUAACACCAAGUGCAGUCAACAGGUCCAUCGUAGGCCUCUUCAGCACUGCAGCGGAACAUCGUAGUGCUGGUGAUGACUGCCAUGGUGACGAUGGAGAUGACGACCACAGUCACUCUGUGAUGCAUGUCAGGACCUUAGAGACGAGAACUAGAAAACUGGAAGAGCAGGUUCACGACCUCACCGAGAGAUACAAACGAGCCCUAGCUGACUCUGACAAUGUUAGAAGAAGAACACAGAAAUUUGUUGAGGACGCCAAACUAUUUGGGAUUCAGAGUUUCUGCCGUGACAUUGUGGAGGUGGCAGACCUGUUAGAGAAGGUUGAGGAGGGAGAUGGAGUACAGCAGCUGACACAAUACAUGGCACACAUACAGGGACGGCUGCAGGAUAUCUUCACCAAGCAUGGACUGGAGAAGAUGAGCCCUGUGGGAUCCACCUACGACCCAUAUCAGCAUGAAAUAGUCUGUCAUACUCCAGCAGAGGGAGUGGAGUCUGGCACCAUAGCUGUGGUGAAGCAAGACGGUUACAUGCUGCAUGGACGUACCAUUCGCCAUGCCCAUGUGGGUAUAGCUGUGAAGACACAGGAGCAGUGACAGGACCUUAGUUCAGUCCUGUCCCGCUUAGGUUUUUUUACACUCUCUCUCUCUUAGUAUGUACGAUACCAUUUUUCUUACAUCUCUAGAUAACUACAUGUUUGAAUUACUCUUUGAAG